CGAGUCCGCGCCUUCGCGACAGGUAGAGGGACAGGCCUCGUUUCCCUUGAAGCUAUCCGACACCACGGCGUCAUUUAGAGGUCAAGCUGGUGGUGGUUUAGAUCUGGUCAAUCUUGCCAGGGAGAUUCUAGGCCGAGGAAGCGAUUCCGGAACUGCGAGCCUGUCAGAACCGAGAGUCAUUGCCUCUCAGAUGGCCUCGACAGAAGAGCAAAACACGAGCGGUCAACCUGAUUCGCCAACGUCUCGUUUUACGGCUGUUAACAACAAAGAGCCUCCUGUGGGAGCUCCUCUGAACUCAAAUGUCCCUUCGCGAAGAGGCUCGGAUGAGAGGUCCAAUGGUCAACCACGGAUCACGCCUCCUGGACAGGAAAAGCUGACGAUUACAACUACGACGACCCAAGAUUGGCUACCUCCAUCAUCCAAUGGAGAUAGGCAUCAAUAUCAGCCUUCAAAUGCGUAUACGGAUCCUGACGGCUCUCAUAAACGCAAGAGGUCAGGCUCAAUCGAGCAAAACUCAUCUUCAGCUAAUUCAUACCACACUCAUGCCUUGCCAUCUUCCGCCAAACAAACCCCCAACACCGCGACGACGGAGUCAGAUGGCCCUCGAGAGGAGUCACUACGUCCAACUGCUUCAAUUGAGCCUCGAGAUCCGUAUGGUUCUGAAUCUCAGUACAGGCAAUUCAUGGCAUCACAAGAGGACAUCCGUGAGAACGUGCGUGGACACGAUCCGUGGCACCCACGACAGUACACCCCACCAGUUAUGACUUCUGAUGAGCAACUUGGAGAAGUUCUUCGAAGAGCAUCGCAAACCAAUCCGUAUGGUCCGUAUAGAAACGACGGAAGAGAGAUGUCCACACAAUCUGAUCCCAAGAAGCGAAAGCGAAACUUCAGCAACCGGACAAAAACCGGCUGCAUGACUUGUCGGAGGCGAAAGAAGAAAUGUGACGAAAGUCGACCAGAGUGUAACAAUUGUUUGCGAGGCGGGUUCGUUUGCUCGGGUUACCAACAGCGCGGCCAAUGGCCCAAAACGGAACAAAAAGCAGCCCCGAUCCCCUUGCAAUCAAAGACAGAAUAUGAGAAUUCGCCAUAUUCAGCUUCUUCUCCGUACUCGCAACACCAUCUUGCGCAACCUCGACGGGAACCAUUACCUGGAUACCGUGGACAAACCCUGCGCGUCGAUCCUCAACAUGGUGGUCGCAAUAUGAACAUGGAUGACGAUCAACCAAGUGCAUCGACGAUCCCCAGUGCUUCAGUCGCCAGCCCGGAGAACAACCGAUUAUCAGCCAUUUCUUACAAUGCACAGAUACCGACACCGAUCACAGCGUCCAGUAGUGCUUAUCCAGACCGACAGCCACCGAAGAAUGUGUAUGACCGUGUCGGCCCGCUGCAUGAUCUCUCAAGGCAGGAGCCGAGAACCGAGUCAGAUACUGGAACACCGCAAUCUGCAUCAUCGACUCUACCACAGAUUCUGCACCCUCAGCUACACUCGAGCAGUCCACACAGCAACCCUCAAGUUGCGGCACAGCUAGCUUUGUCCAACCUUGCAUCUACCAACAGACCACGCACACAAAAGGAACAAAUGCUGGCAGGUCAGCACUACUUCCCCUUCGACAAGGAACUUGUCCUUGAGCGCGAGCGAUGCAAUGGGGCUUGUUGGAGAUUCAAUAGCAGCACCAAUCCGAACAAUGGCGUGUCCCCAGAGGAACGUGCACGUCUGUUUCGAGACAUCCUGCAGCCUCGAGAGUCUGUCAUCUCACCAACUCAAGCCUCACCUGUCACACCCGUUGGUCGAGUUGGCGACAAUGUUGUGGUGGAGGCGCCUUUCAACUGCGACUAUGGAUACAAUAUCAGCAUUGGCCAAGAUGUUGCUAUUGGAAAGAAUUGUACCAUUCUCGAUACUUGCGAGGUUGAGAUCGGCGACAGAUGUCACAUCGGGCCGAAUGUCAAUAUCUACACUGCGACAUUGCCUAUCGACCCCAAACGCAGAUUGGGUUCUCGCGGACCAAACUUUGGACGGAAGAUCACUAUUGAGAGUGAUUGUUGGAUUGGUGGUGGAGUGACGAUCUUGCCUGGACGCACGAUUGGCAAGGGAAGUACGGUGGGGGCCGGCUCCGUCGUCACGAGGGUAUGCUCAUUCGUUUAUCCACAAUUUUAGUUUACUAACAGCGCUUUGCAGGACGUCCCAUCAUACACUGUCGUCUGCGGCAACCCCGCUCGAGUCAAUCGAGGAAUAUACGCAACAUGAGCUAUGGAUCCAGUACACGAACGAUGAUGCGCUCUUGCCGUGCAUCAACUCUUUAUCACGAGCAAACUUUCUUCAUAUCCACUUCGGCUGCUCGCAAACGGAAGCCGGAUGUUGUUCUUUCAUACCAAAACACUUGUAAUUACGUAUCCCGG